AUGGAUUUCUCAAACUCCUCGCCGUUUCCGGAGGGGGUCAUCUCAUUCCUCGACACUGACCUCUACAAGCUGACGAUGCAAUGCGCGGUCAUGAAAUAUUUCAAAGAUGUUCCUGUUACCUACGCAUAUACCAACAGGACUCCCGAGAAGAAAUUGUCACGAGAGGCUUUUCAAUGGCUGGAGAAGCAGGUUCAAAAGCUUGGCAACAUAAGCCUGUCCGAUGAGGAGUAUCGCUUUCUCAAAACACAUUGCGAUUACCUGGACGAUGAUUACCUGGCAUUCUUGAAAGAGUUCCGUCUCGACCCUCGACGACAGGUCAAGAUGACCUUCACCCCUGCUGGCGAGGAUACCGGUUCUCCCUCGGACCAAGGCGACGUCAGCAUGGAAAUCAGUGGAACAUGGGCCGGCACCAUUCUUUACGAAAUUCCCAUGCUGGCCUUGACAUCUGAGGCGUAUUUCCGGUACAUGGAUACGGAUUGGAGCUACGAUGGCCAGGAGGAGAAGGCAUUCGAGAAGGGAAUGCAUCUUCUGAAAGCUGGCUGCACCUUCUCCGAAUUCGGAACACGCCGGCGCCGCGACUACCAUACGCAAGCCCUUGUUUUCCGAGGUCUCGUUAAGGCCUCCAAGGAGGCUGAAAAGCAGGGUCUCUCCGGAAAAUUGACCGGAACUAGUAAUGUCCAUUUGGCAAUGCGCUUCGGAAUCCCUCCUGUCGGUACGGUCGCGCAUGAGUGGUUCAUGGGUAUAGCUGCCAUCUCGGGUGAUUACAGGCAUGCGACAGAACAAGCACUGCGACUUUGGGUCGACUCGUUUGGCGGGAAACUCGGUAUCGCGCUCACCGACACCUUUGGAACCGAAGAAUUCCUCAAGUCUUUCAGUCUCCCCGUGACCCCAGCCAAAGACGGAGCAUCUAUUGACCGCUUCAAGACCGAGGAUGGUAGAAUAAAGACCUACGCGGAGAUUUUUGCUGGUGUCCGGCAAGAUUCAGGAAACCCAGCUACCUUCGUUAAGACGGUGCGCGAUUACUACGACAAGGAAGGCAUAACGGAGAAGAAGGUAAUUGUCUUUUCGGACUCGCUUGAUGUGGAAAAGUGCCUUGAAUACAAGAAAAUUUCCGAGGAGGAUGGAUUCCUGCCGACCUUUGGUGUGGGCACGUACCUCACCAACGACUUUGUCCACCUAUCAACCGGCAAGAAGUCCGUACCUCUGAACAUUGUUAUCAAGCUCAGUUCCGCCGCAGGAAACCCGGCGAUCAAGAUCAGUGAUAAUAUUGGCAAGAACACCGGCGACAAGGAGACUGUCCGAAUGGUCAAGAAAGAGUUGGGGUAUAUUGAGCACGAGUGGAAAGAGGGUGACGAGACGGCGAGGUGGGGAAAAGAGGAGAAAGUGUGA